CCCUUCCAGCAACUAAUCGGCUUGGUAGUUUUGCGGCCCAAGGAAUCUGGAAAGGUCGCGGGGCGGAGAACUGUAGAGAGAACUUGUUUGCGAGGCAGGUGAAGGCUCAAAUUUUAUGAUGCGCGGGAGUUAGUUACGUAUGUGGCGCCACUUCGGCCGCCAUACUUGGACUUACGGGAGCUCGCAGAGGUCAAAGUCCCCCGCGCUUGCCCGACUUCUACGCUUUCCUCAAUAAAGACGACUUCGGCGAGGCGGUAUGACUAGCCCGCCCCUCCCUGCCGCGAGCAGCGCAGUGCGGACCGAAGCUCUGAGCGGGGCCCCUUUGCGGGUGCCCGGCGACCCCUACUCCGUGGUGGUUCUGCUGCAGGGCUACUCCGAGCCGGAGACGGGGGGCGACGCCGUGCGCGCUGACGGCUCGGUCACCCUGCUCCUGCCCCGGGCUUGGGACCCGGCGUCCAGCCGUCGGGAGGCCCUGCCCGCGGGUCGCGAUGCAAAGGCAGCCCUGGAGGCGGCGGCGCGUGGCCCCAUCCUCGUGGAUACCGGGGGGCCCUGGACGCGAGAGGCGCUGCUGGGGGCCCUGGCGAGGCAGGGCGUGUCCCCGGGAGACGUGACUCUGGUGGUGGGGACCCACGGGCACUCGGAUCAUAUCGGAAACUUGGGGCUGUUUCCAGGGGCGGCUCUGCUGGUCUCGCACGACUUCUGCCUUCCCGGGGGCCUCUACCUGCCGCACGGCCUGAGCGAGGAGCGGCCGCUGCGCCUGGGGCCGGGGCUUGAGGUGUGGGCCACGCCGGGCCACGGGGGCCAGCGGGACGUGAGCGUGGUGGUGGCAAGCACGGCCCUGGGCACCGUGGUGGUGGCGGGUGAUGUGUUUGAGCGCGAUGGAGACGAGGGCUCGUGGCAGGAGCUGAGCGAAGACCCGGUGGCGCAGGAGCGGAGCCGAAAGAGGAUCUUGGGCGCCGCCAAUGUGAUCGUGCCUGGUCACGGAGCCCCUUUUCGGGUGGUCAGGGAGGCCUUUCAGCCUGAGACAAAUAGUUGCGGGAACAGCACUCAGGAGCCAGGGGUCGGAGAUAAGGAGCUGAGCGUGCAAGGAUGAGCCCUGAGGAGGACCGGACUUUUGUCAGGGAAGCCCCUCCAAGAAGGAACAUUCAGGAUACCCAGAGGACCUGGUCAGCCAGAAUCAGAGAAGGGAAGGAUGGCCGCUCACUUCUAGCCUUCCAGAAGGCAGUUGUUCAAGUCAGCACGGAGAGAUACUGCCUGCCUCUGCCACCAAUUUAGUAUCAAGGAUUGGCUCAGGUCUCCAAGAAUCCUCUGCAGUCCUCAUUAAAAUGAAAAAAAAGUUCUUGUGAAGGUCUUCCAAAAUAAAAAUAGAAACUGCCUAAAUAUAAAUUAAAACAUGAAUAGUGAUAAUCAUGCAAAUAUGGUAAUCAGUCACAAACCAAUUGCCUAUUUCUCACAGGGUUCGAGUUGCUGAGAGAAGGUACGGGUUACAGCAGUGACCUCCCCUUAGUCACUUUUUGUUCAUUCAGUGAAUAUUUAUUUAAUACCUGCAGUGUCUCCCGCAGUACUGUAGGUUAUGGGAUACAACAGUAAGUAAGCUAGACAAACUUCCUGUCCCUCAUAGAGGUCACAUUCUACAGAGACAGACAAGUAAGCAAUAAUAAUAAAUAGUAGCUAUGAAUAAUUAUAGGUUGUAGUUAGUGAUGCGGGCAGAGUGAGGAGGAGAUAGAGAGCUCUUUAAAUUUGGGUGGACAGGAAAAGCCUCUGUGAGAAGGUGUUUGAUUAAGAAAUUGAAAAGGAAGAAAGCUGGUCAUAUGAGAAUCUGGAAGACAGGCACUCCAAGCACAAGGACGGCAGAUAUAAGCCCCUGUGGCGGGACAGCUUGACCGGAUUAACCAGCAAGAAGACUCAUGAUUGAACUACAA